GGUGUACACGCACAGUAUUGUACACGUACGUUGUACGAAAGUACUUUCGUACGAAGGUACGUGUACAAUUACAUUUUAUUGUGUACGAAAGUACGAACGAAGGUACGAAGAUGGAUGUCGCAUCAUUAUAUUUACAAGUAAUGAACAACGUUAUCGAUGGUGUUCGGGGCGACUUCAGUUCUGAGCAGCUUGACGAAUCUGUGCUCGAGUCCUUGGCAUCGCUCUGGGAACGCAAGCUUCUACAGUCCGGAUCUUCUGCACCAGAAAGAGAAACCAACAACGAUAUAGCUGAGAAAGCUGUAGAUGAACCCGGUCUUGUGCACAACGAGAAGGUUAACUGCUCGUCAGAAGAGCAGCAGAUAUCGAGUGCUGCAGUAAAAGGUUUAAAAGAGGACAGCGCUGAGUCUUUGAGUUCAGAUAGUGAUGAAGGCCUUGUGGAUUUGUGCAGCUCCAAUUUGGUCUUGGCACAGUAUGAUAAGGUUACACGUGCAAAAAACAAGUGGAAAUGUACCCUUAAGAAGGGCGUGAUGACUUUGGAUGGCAAGGACGUACUUUUUGGGAAAGCUUCGGGCGAGUUUUUAUGGUGACGGUGGUGGUGAUAAUAUUUGUGAUGCAGGUCCACUAAAUGAAGCUAAUGAUAAUAAAAAAAGGCCCUUGCUAACCUCGUACUAGCUAUCCUUAAUAUAUAUGCUCUUUUUUCAACU